AUGGUCAAACAGGCUGCUGGGCCGUCAUCGGAUGGUGGAACAGCAGCAUCAGCAUCAGGUCCCGCUUCGGCAUCGGUAUCACAGGAGGGUGGGUCGCUUCAGAACAACGCUCAUAGAGCUGUGAGCCUGGGGCACAGUGGCGGUAUCCAAACGUCGACCAACAUACUGGCUCUCCUCGAUGCCUUCUUCAAGCACGUGUACCCUCUUCCAUCAUAUGGGUUCCUGCACCCUAGAACAACCAUGACCAAGUUUGCCGACGGCACGAUUGAAAAGAGUCUGGUGAAUGCGAUUGCCGCCGUGGCCAGCGUGCGGGCGCCAGGCGUGCAGAGGUGUCCCAGUCUCGAGUCGGCGUGGGUGCAGGAGGCCGAGACGCUCGUGUGGCAGCACCUCGAGUCGCCCACCGUCUCACGGCUACAGGCCAUGCUUCUCGUCAUCUUGUACCGCGCCGAGACGGGCCAACUGCGGCGGGCGUUUAUGCUGGCGUCGCUGGCAGGGAGGACCGCCAUGGUGAUGCUACUCAACCACGAGAGACCGGGCACCUCGUCGGUGUCGCUCGAAGUACGGAGGAGGCUGCUGUGGUCGCUUAAGCUGGUGGAGCGGUACUUCUCCGUGGGAUUGCCCGAGUUUGAGCUGUGCCCUGUCGAGAACAUCUACAUCCAACUUCCCUGCUCUGAGAAGCAGUUUGGAGACCGCGGUAUUGACAGCGACGACGACAGAGGCGCCUACCAGAUCGGCAUAAAGCUGGAAAUGUUUCGGCGAGAUGUUAUGAAGCUCAACCGAUCUCUCGCGCUGUGCGACCAGCCGUUCCCGCAACUCACAAAGCUCAUGAGCGACUUCCAGCAACAUCUGGACCGCAUCGGCAGUCAGAUGCCCGAUGGACCGGAACCGACUGAAACGCAGCUCGUCGACUCGCUCAAGAGCCGCUGGCUGCCGCGGCUGCUGCUGCGCAACUUUAGGACCGCGGCGCCGCGUUUCGUCGUCGAGGCCCUGGAUUCAGAGUACCUGACCGAGGCUGAGCUACUAUGCACGCAUCAUGCCAAGAUGGUGGUGCACGUCAUCGACGUCUUGGACAGGACGCUUGGUCGUGGCGUCAAAAACAACAAUGAGCCACGACUCCUCGAGUUUGAUACGGCCAUCUGUGCAUACACUGCAUCGCGCAUUCUGCUCUUCACAGCUCGCUUCGGGACCACUGCCGAGACGCCUACCGAGGACUUUGCUCUCAGGCGUGCUGAGAUGUGCCUAUCAGUCAUUCACCGGUUCUUUGCGCGAUCGAUGCUGGUGCGCCCCAUUGUCGACGAGCUGCGACGGCUCAUUCAGGUGUUUGUCAUGGAUGACGCUCGCGCUCCGCCUAGUCGCUUCUCGUCGCCUAUGCCUCCGCCAUCGAGUAACAGUCCGGUUGCGCAGCUGUCGUCGGCGGCAAGGAUACGUCAGCGUCUGGCUGUGCACAGCCUGUUACGACAGGCGAAAUUUGUCGACGAGGAUGAAGACGAUGAUGUGGGAAAUACCAAUGUGCCGUACCCUCCGAUACAGCAACAACAGCCAUCGCCUGCUAAUACUGGAUCUGCGUCGACGAUGUCCGUAUUGCCGUCUACGGAAUUUCCUCCUCAGACCAGUGGGUCAUCCUCGUCAGGGUUCAACGCUAUCAACACGGGACAAGGAUGGAAUGUCGUUAAUCCCUAUGUCAGUGGUAUUGGCAGUAGUAUCAGUCCACCCAUGACGGACAAGGAGAUGGCAGAUGAUGAGCAUGAAGACGAUAAUGAGGCCACCUUGGCGCAGCAACAGCAGCAGCAACAGCAGGGCAAUGACCCUUGGAAGAGAUGGUUUUUUGAUGGAGGCAGUGAUUCAUUACCUCAGCAGGACGGGGUCCUCAUGGAGGCUGUACCGCCGCCGCAAGGAGCGGGGCUUUCCCAAAAGUCUUUCACGUUUCCAUGGCUACAAAGGGAAGAGUCUGAUUUGAUACCGCAUUAUGAGUGA